UUGCUCUGUCUUUUGUUUCUCACUUUUCUAUUCCGCCUUAACACGAGAAAAUUACAAAUCCAGAAAAUUAUGCAGUAACAUGAUGAGUUAGCAACGAUCAUGGUUCUGAAGAGAGCAAAUAUGUUACGUACGAAAAACCAGAUACUCACCCUGAAGCUGUCUGUGCCGGAGUAGAUUCUUAUUCUUGCUGUGUUUUUAUCAAUGCCUUUUUUUUUUUUUGUAGAGCUGUCCAUCGAAUUCUCCUUCACCUGUUUUGUAAAUACUACUGUAGUGAUUAACUAGGUUUAUAUACUUGUUUGAAUGGCAUGAUCUUCUGUGACUGUGAUGAAGUUAAUUUGUUUUCUCAUAGGUUGUAGUGUGAAAGUCAGAUUUUACAUUCAGACAGUGUAAUCCAAAGCCCUCCCUCCCAAACAUGUUUCGAGUUUGUUUGACUAACUAGUGUUUACUUGUUCCACCUGCUAUGUCCUCGUAUUUUCCUUUUCUUACUGUCAUUUAAAGUUUUAGGAAUGGCAUUCACUUUUUGCUUUGAAUCACAUGAACUUUUUGGGAUGCCAAUCAUAUGAGUUAAGAUCGUAAUUGCAACGCAAAGCAUGAAAUUCUCACAAUUGUGUAAAGAUAGCAGUUGCUUAUGCUGGAAGAAUGGUACUUAAUUCUUAUUGUAGUUCCCACCAAAGACAUGUUUUGAGAAGUUAGAAAGUAACAGGACAACAUUGAACUGAGAUGUGUAAUAACCUAAGUUAACAUGGUAGAAUGCUAAUCUUUCUGGUUUAGAGAUUAUAUUUCAUCUCAAAGCUGAUAACGAAAGCAACACCAGGUCUAAAGCUCUACAAAUAAAUUAAAAAAAACAAACAAAAACGGUGCAUGUUUCAUGUAAUUUUGUAUCCUAUGUUUGGCAACUAGUGGUGUUAUAUAUUUCGUAUUAACUGGCAACUAGUAAUUGUUAACUUAAUAUCAAAGCUAUGCUGUACUAAGCAUUUUUGUACUGUACUUGGUUCCUUAUUCUUGACUUACUACCAAAGUUAGGAACUUGACCACACCAUGGUUUGUAAGAGAGAUCAGAUAAUUGCUAGGCCAAAUCCACGAUGAAACUGUAAAUUGCAGAAAAACUAUAUAAAUCCCUAAGCUGCUAUGCACACACACGCACCCCCAAAGGGAAGAGAGAGAGGGAGAGAGAUACUUGCAUUGAUCUAAUUAAAACCGCUGCGACACCAAACCCCCCUUUUCUCCCAUGGCUGAAAUUGCUGUAGAUGAGGACAGCAGGGAACUAUACAUAGCACUAGUGCAGGGGAAGAGCGAGAGGGUGCUUGAACUAUGCCAGAAUUUUCCAGAUGGUCCAUUUCAGGUGGUAACCAUACACAAUGACACAGUCCUCCACGUGGCCACAUCAUGUAAACAAGUUGACUUGGUUCAUGAAUUGCUCAAAAGGGUCUCCGAUGAUCAACUUGACAAACUGACGCAUCAAAACAAAGCUGGAAACACCAUCCUCCAUGAGGCUUCCACUUCAGACAAGUUAGUCCAAGCUGCCAAGGAAAUGCUUAUCAAGGCACCCGAGUUGUUGAAUGUCCGCAACAACUUUGACGUAACACCUCUUUACCGGUCAGUAGAAUUUGGCAGGAUGGACAUGUUCAAGUUUCUUGAUGAUUUAAUCAGAAGACAAAAGCAGACAACUGAUCAGGAGGGAGACUUGGAAGCAGAUCCUGAGAUAUAUUAUCACAGGAAGAACAAGACCACUGUGCUUCACACGGCUGUUGUCAUCGGAAGUUUUGAUCUAGCUCUUUUUAUUGCGAGAAGGUAUAAGCAUUUAGUCGAUGAACAAGACAAUGAUGGGAUGACUGCUCUCCAGCUUCUCGCGUGCAACUCAUUGGCUUUUGAAAGUAGACGUGGUGGGGGAUGCCUUAAACGUCUCCUGUGCUCUCGUGUCUUAACUGAAGAAAUGUCUACUGCUGCCAGUGAAGCUGAGUCAACUGAAGAUAUAACUCAGACAAAAGCUGGGUGUUGGAGAGUGCCUUAUUGGGAAACAAUCCAGGAGGAGAGGGAAACAUAUGAAUGGGCUGUGAAGCUUGCCAAGUUCUUAAUAAAAGAAGAUAGAUCAUGGAUAACAACUAAAGCAGUGGAAACCCGGAAGCGCCCGAAGCACCACCACUAUGAGAUUAAAGAUUCCUCCUCAGUUCCCUCUGAGAAGAAAGAGAACGAGCAGAAACCGGUACCAAGUGCUGUAAUUGCCGAAACGCCAUUGUUUCUGGCGACCAAAAAUGGCUGUUUGGAGAUAGUUAAGGAAAUACUCAGAGUGUACCCCUGGGCAGUUGAACACAUUGAUCAUCAGGGCAGAACUAUUCUGCACGUAGCAAUAAAGUACCGCCAAAUGAAGGUUCUUGAUCUUGUGGAGCAAAUGGGGCUGUUGGUGAAGCGGCUGGAGCGAAAGGUCGAUGAGAAGUCCAACACCAUACUACAUAUGGUUGGAGAGAAGACAGAAGAUUGUAUUGCUCCCGAGGUGCGAAGCCCUGCUUUCGAAUUGCAAGAGAACUUGCUCUUGUAUGAGCGCGUGUGGGACAUAUGCCCUGGCAGUUUACUAAAUACACUCAACAAAGACAAGAAGACUGCUCGAAAGCUGUUUGAGGAGGAGAAUGAACCUCUUCGAAAAAAGGCCAAAGAAUGGCUCCAACGUACAGCAGAACACUGCUCCCUUGUGGCGGUGCUCAUUGCCACAGUGGCCUUUGCUGCAGCCUACACAAUACCGGGAGGUCCCAACCAGAGUACCGGUUUCCCAAUCCUCCUCAACCGGCCUUUCUUUGUUGUUUUCACCUUGACUGAUGUCCUUUCCCUUACAUUUGCUUUGACAUCAGUGAUUAUUUUCCUUCGAAUCCUCACAUCCCCAUUUCGCUUAAAAGACUUCAAGCAGUCUCUUCCGCAAAUCCUAAUGCUAGGUGUUACGCUUCUGAUUUUAUCUGUGUCGAUGAUGAUGUUUGCAUUUGCCGCGACUGUGAUCCUUAUGAUAAACAAGAGGGAGGAGUGGACGAAAGUUGCCCUAUACACUGCUUCAUUCCUCCCGGUCACCAUCUUCGCACUCUCCUACAUGCCUCUUUAUUUAUCCCUCAUGAAAACUUUCAUCUACUCACUCAAGAAAGUGGCAACAAUCUUUCCCAGAUUCACUGGUUACCCCCAUAAAUCUGAGCCCAAAAAACUUGAAACCUCAAAUUCUACACACCCACCAAAACCUCAAGCCGCCCCCAACGUAGUUUAAAUGGCUGGAUCAUGAGAGUGUUAAGAGUUUGUUUUCCCCCUGAACUACCUCGUGAAAAUAUGUUAUAAGUAAAUAUUGUUACUAAGAAUAGCAGUAAUGGUGUCGUGGUUCAUGAUAAAAAGAAUGAUGGUUAUGGUGUCAUGGUUCAUGUAACAGGAGCCAGAUUUGUUGGCUAUUCAAAUUGGAAGCUAAACUAUUUGUUU